AUGUUGAUUCUGCUUCAGCAAUCCUACUCUAGAUUUUUUGGACUAACUAAUAAAUUGAGUAGUUAAAAACUAAAAGUAAUAAUAUUACCUCACUCACAUGAUGAUGUAGGUUGGUUAGAUACUGUUGAUGAAAUAUAUUUAAGAGGACCUGGUGUUAAAAACAUUAUUUCUUCAUAUAUUAAUGCAUUGCUGGAAAAUAAAGAUAGGAAAUUUGUUUAGGUGGAAAUUGUAUACUUUGAGAGAUGGUGGAAUGAGCAAAAUGUUUUGAUGUAAUAGAAAGUAAAAGGCCUAGUUGAGAAUGGUUAAUUGAGUUUUGCUGCAGGAGGAUUGGUGAUGAAUGAUGAAGCCACACCAUAUUAUGAAGACAUUAUAGAUUAAAUUACAUAUGGACAUGAAUUUUUAUUCAAAACAUUUAAUUUUAUUCCAAAAGUGGGAUGGCAAAUUGAUCCAUUUGGACAUUCAAAUGCAUAGAGCAUAUUAUCGCAUCUAUUUGGUAUGGAAGCAUCUUUUUAUGCGAGAAUUGAUUAUUAAGAUAAAGAAUAACGGUAGAAACAUAAAGAAUUAGAAAUGAUUCACGUCCCUUACACAACAAGCAAAUAAAAUUAUCCAAUCUUAAUACAUGUCAAUUAUUUUCAUUACUCAAGUCCUCCUCGUUUUGAUUUCGAUCCAUUACGAAAUUCAGGAGGUUAUGUGAAUGAUCAAAAUGUUUAAUCAAAGGCUGAUGAUCUAAAUCAAUAUUUCGUAAGGCAAGGUUAAUCUUACAGAGGCUAAAUCAUAACUCAUACUCUAGGAGAUGACAAUGAAUGGUCUAAUUCGAAAUCCUAUUUUGAAAAUAUGGAGAAGGUGAUUAAUUACAUAAACUCUCAUCCAGAAAAGUACAAUGUUGUAAUUAAAUUUGGAACUCCAUAAGAUUAUGUCAAAGAAAUCAAUGAAUAUUCUGAUGAAAUCUUCUAUCCAACCAAAAAUGAUGACUUUUUCCCUUAUGCUGACAAAUAACACUGUUAUUGGACAGGGUAUUUCACAAGCAAAGUGGCAUUUAAAGGUUUUGUGAGAUACACUGGAAGAUAUUUCUAACAACUGAAAACCUUUGUUUCAUAUUAAUUUGCUACAAAAAAUUAAGACAUCUUAGAUCUCAAACAACCACUCUUAAAAGCAUUAAAAGAAUUAGGCUAUGCGUUAGGAGUAUCUUAACAUCAUGAUGCUGUUACAGGCACAUCAAAGGAUCACGUGACAAAAGAUUACGUUAAGAUUCUACAUAGAGAUUUGACCACAAUGAACAAAGAAUUCCAUAGAUUGUUGAAGAUUGUGAUUUAAAAGGAUUUGGAUGAGAAAAACAUUGAUUAACUCUAUUAAUAUUCAUACAAUUCCACAUCAUCAGAAUGUGCUGAAGUCUAUGAUAAUCUAUAGAUCAAUAAAACUAUUCUAUUGACAGUUGUAGACACUAAAGUGAAUGAAGGUGAUUAAGAUAUCAUCAAAAUUAAGGUACCUAAAAUACCACUUAAUAUAAUUGAUACUCAAAACAAACCAAUUCAAGGAGAUGUUAUCUGUAGUAAUCCAAAAGAUGAGUAAGAUUGCACACUCUAUUUCAAUUACAAAAUCAAAAAAGGAGUUCAAUACUACAAAAUCAAAUAAGGUAAGAAUAAUGAAGAAUCAUCUGCAAAGAUAAUUGCUUCAGAAACUUUUACAAACAUCACUGCUAAUACUAAAAUAUCACUUGAUAAUGGACCUGAGUUUUAGUUGCAAUACAAAUACUAUGUUGCUUCUACUGAUAAUGUGUAACCAAGUGGUGCUUACAUUUUUAGACCUUCAGGAGGAGCCUAAGUUUAUGGAUCCAUCUAAGAAGUUAGAGUAUUUAAUGGAACUGUUGUGACUGAGUUGAAUAUUGAACGAUCUAAUGUUAAUACAUGGAUAAGGAAAUAUAAGAUAUAGGACAAUCAAUAUGAAGUGGAAACUUUUGUAGAUUCUAUUGCCAAAGAAUAAAAUAAAGGAAAGGAAGUUAUCGUCAUCUUUAAGAGCGAAGACAUUAAAAAUCAAAAAGUAUUCUACACUGAUUCAAAUGGAAUGGAUUUAUAAUAAAGAAAAAUAGGGUUUCGGGAAACUUGGAGUCUUCAAAGUAAUGAAUUUGUUGCUGAAAACUAUUAUCCCAUAAAUGGUAUCAUUUAAAUUAAGGAUCAUGCCAGUCAUAAUGUUAUGGCAGUAGUUAAUGACAGAUCUUAAGGUGGAUCCAGUUUCAACGAUGGAGAAAUUGAAAUUAUGAUUCAUAGAAGAAUGUAUUCAGAUGACAGAAGGGGAGUUGCUGAAGCAUUAAAUGAAGAAGAAGAUAAUCCAUAAUGUAAAAAUUCAGCGUAAUAAAACUGUUCCAAAGUGGUUGGACUUAGAUAAAACAUUAUUCAUAAAUUAUUAUUCUUUGAUCAAGAGAAGAAUCCAAAUCUAGCAAGAAAAGCUUAAUUAUAUUUAGAUUUUCAACCAAUUAAGGUUUUUGCAAUUGAUUCUUAAGAAUCAUUCACUGAAAAUCUAGAAAUACAACCAACCUAAUCUCUAUUGAACUAAAUUUAAGUUGUUAAUCCAAAUGGAGAUGCUAUUAUCAAACUUUACUUGAUACCAAGAGAGGAGAAUAAUGAAUAUUUACUUAGAAUCCAUAAUAUGUAAGAGUAAUCCAAUGUCAAAAUCUCAUUCCCUAAUGAUAUUUCAACAUAAGAAACAAUUUUGAGUGGUCUUAGAUAAUGGUCAGAAUAAUAAAAAUUAAGAUUCGUUUGGAAAAAAAAUGAGGUUUAAGAUUCUAUUUAUGUACCAUUAGAUGAGGUUGCUCCAUAGCAAAUUAAGACAUUUGUAAUUAAAAUUUGAAAUGGAUAUAUUAUAAUGUGAUUAUUAAAAAAAUACAUUUAA